UAUAACCAAAUAAUCAAAAUUUUAAUUAAACACAAAAGUGGGCGUUUAAUGUGUCAAAUUGACAGACAUGUAUGCUUCAAAUUUGGGUAGCACAAAUAAUUCAGAUGAAGUACAAGUUUCCACAAUACUUCCACAAAAUAUCCCGACCACAUCUACAGAUAAUACACCGUUAGUAUCAGCGGCUCAUGGUGCUGCCACAAGUAAUAUUCUACGAAAAAUGUCUGGCAUAUUUCGUGUACCAACUCGACAAACGGAAAGUGGGUAUGUUGAAUUUGGACGUUUAGAAAAUCAGCAUAUUGCAUCGUCAAUUAAUAGUCAAUAUACAGAAUCGAUUAUCGAUGGUAAUAGUUCGCAAAAGAAGACAUUAGGUACAUUUAAUGGAGUUUUUAGUCCGGUGGCAUUGAGUAUGUUUAGUGCUCUUGUUUUUAUUCGAGUUGGAUAUAUUGUGGGAAAUGCUGGAUUACUGGUUACUUUAUUACAAUUUGGAAUCGCAUAUGGUAUAUUGAUUUUUACUGUGGCAUCGGUUUGUGCAAUUUCUACAAAUGGAGCAGUUGAAGGAGGUGGUGCUUAUUUUAUGAUAAGUCGAACAUUAGGCCCCGAAUUUGGUGGUUCAAUUGGUACACUAUUUUUCUUGGCAAACGUUGUAUCAAGUGCGUUAUGUAUAUCUGGAUGCAUGGAAGGAUUAGUGGAUAAUUUUGGACCAUCUGGUUAUUUAAUUAAAGAUGGUAGUGAAGGAUUUUUACAGAACACUGUCUGGUAUCGUUUAUUGUAUUGCACGGCAUUGAAUGGAAUUAGUUUGGCUUUGUGUGUAAUUGGAGCUACAAUGUUUGCAAAAACAAGUGUUUUAAUUUUAGCAAUUGUGACUUUAUCAUUGGGUAGUGUGAUUGUUAGUUUUUUUAUUAUGGACCCACAAGAGAUACCAGUUCCAAACGCCAACACCUUAAUACAAAAUGCAACACAUCAUGUUACAGUUUUGUAUACAGGAUUAAAUAAAACAACAUUUAAGGAUAAUAUUUAUCCAGAAUAUGGACGAGAUUAUACAAGCUUGCAUGGUGACCAAAUACAUUUUGCUGCUGUAUUUGGUGUAUUGUUUUCUGGUGUCACUGGUAUUAUGGCUGGUGCAAAUAUGAGUGGUGAAUUAAAAAAUCCAGGACGUUCUAUUCCAGUUGGAACAUUAAGUGCUGUUGCUUUUACACUUGUUAUUUAUUUAUCGUUGGCGGUUUUAACAGCGGCCACUUGUACCAGAGAAUUAUUACAGAAUAACUAUAUGUAUAUGAUGCCAAUAAAUAUAUGGUCUCCAUUUGUCGCCAUCGGUGUAUUAACAGCAACAUUCUCAGCAGCUCUAAGUAAUUUAAUCGGUGGAAGUCGUGUACUGUUGGCCUUAGCAAAAGAUAAAGUAUUUGGAUCAUUUUUAAAUUUUAUCAGCAAAGGUACUUUUCGUGGUAAUCCAAUUGUUGCUGUAAUUGUUAGUUGGGCUCUGGUACAAUUAAUGUUAUUUAUUGGAUCUUUGAAUUUAAUCGCACAAAUUAAUUCUGUACUAUUUUUAUUGAGUUACUUAGCGACAAAUUUAGCGUGUGUAGGUCUCCAAUUAACAAGUGCGCCAAAUUUCAGACCAACAUAUACAUAUUUUUCGGUUCAUACUGCGACAUUCGGUUUAUUGGGCACAAUUGCAAUGAUGUUUGUAAUUAGUCCAGCCUACGCUGGUUUAAGUAUAGCUGCAUGUAUUACACUUGUGGCCGGACUUCAUUUGUUUGCAUCGACUGAUCGUGGGGAUAAAGAUGCUCCUUAUUGGGGAUCAAUAUCCCAAGCAUUAAUAUUCCAUCAAGUACGAAAAUAUUUGUUAAUGUUGGAUAGUAGAAAAAAUCACGUGAAAUAUUGGCGACCACAAAUUUUAUUGUUGGUGUCGUCACCAAGAUCGUGCUGUCCAUUAAUUGAUUUUGUUAAUGAUAUUAAAAAAAGUGGUCUUUUUGUUUUGGGGCAUGUUUUUGUACCUAAAAAUGGUAAUGAACCUGAAAAUGUGCUGGAUGUGACAAUGGAUCCAUCAAAUAAAGAAUAUCCAUUAUGGUUGGAGUUAAUUGACUUUUUAAAGGUAAAAGCGUUCGUUGAAUUAACUACGGCCUCCACAAUCCGUGAAGGUUUUCAACAUCUAGUGCGAAUAUCAGGAAUGGGGGCAAUGAAACCGAAUACAAUUGUUUUAGGCUUUUAUGAUAAUAAAAAACCGAUUGACUUUUUUAACAGUGAAUCGUCUUAUAAAACAGGAAUGUUUGAUUCUGAAGUAUUUAAUGGCAGUGAUUCAGUAACUGAUGCAUUCCCAUUACAAAAUAAAAAACAAUUAGAUCCUGUGCAAUAUGUUUUAAUGGUCUCAGAUGUAUUAAAUAUGGGAAAGAAUGUUUGUCUAGCUCGGCAUUUUGAUACACUAAAAAAAUCUUCUAUUCCUAAGAACACGGAUAUUAAAUUUAUUGAUGUCUGGACAAUGAAUGUAUUAAAACCAUUUGAUAUGGAUGGAGCUACAACUUUUGAUACAAACAGUUUAUUUAUGAUGCAAUUAGCAACUAUUUGUAACAUGGUGAGCGUUUGGAAAAAAUUAAAAAUCCGUAUUUUUGUUCGUGUAAAAUCUGCAGAGGAUAUUUUACGUUUAGAAGAGCUGUUAAAACUAUUCCGAAUUCGAGCUACGGUGCAUGAGAUUCAAAAUUGGAGCGAAAUAUCAAACGGAUUAAUAAACGUGAAUGAAGAAAGAUCGGAUUACGAUGAUACAGACGACGAACAAACAAGUAAAUCACAAUUAAAUAUGAACUACAUCAAACAAUUAAACCAAAUAAUCAAAGAGAAAAGUAGUAAUUGUACAGCGGUUUCCUUUAUUUAUCUACCUUGUCCACCAAACUUCAAAGGAAAUCCACCAUACGAGAAUGAAUUCAUACGAUUCAAUGACAACUAUUUAGCAAAUCAACAGCAAUCCGAUUAUUUUGAGGCAACCGGUAUUACUUAUAAUUGUUUUGAUCGACGCCAAAUUAAUUUAUGUCAUAAUUAUUUGAAAAUUUUAACUGAAUUGACUGAAAAUUUACCACCAACGGUUUUGGUACAUGGCUUAAAUGCUGUUACAAGCACAACUUUAUAAAUAUAAAUUUUAUUUAAAAACAAGGUAUUUAAAAAAUUGGGUUUAUUUUCAUAAGUCGACCCAAAUUGCUACGAUUUUACCCUUUCUACCAUGGUUUUUCUAAAUGUAAUCGAAAAUUUUUUGUUUAAAUUUUAAAAGUGUGAUUAAUAUUUUGUUAAAAACGAUCGGGGAGAUUAAAAUAUAGUACAGAUUGUCCCAAAAUAUUUGGCAAUUCGAAGAUUCAGAUUUUUGUAAGAUUUCGAAUCGUACCGAAGUCGAUUUAUAUUCGAGGAAAGAACAUUUAACAUAUGCCGGAUGCAGGCUGACUUGAAAAAGUCUGUAUAAUAAAUAUUAAUUUUAAUCUGAAAAUGAUAAAUAGUUCAGUACCCCAAUUAAGAAAAACACUUUGAGGUACAUACUUCGUGACCAAGGGGGAUGGGUUCGAAAUGUUAUCAAAAACAAAAAUCUUAAAAAGUUACACAAGAAUUUCCCCCGAAACGAUUUUUUAACAAAUUGACAAAUUUUUUUUCUCCGAAACGGCGGGGGUGUGGGGGUUUUUGUUUAUGAUAACAUUUCGAACUCUUCCCCCGUGGUCGCGAAGAGCGCACCUCCUAAAAAAUACUGAUAUAGAUACUGAACUAAAAAAUAUUUUGGAGAUUGGACUCUGACGAUUCGACUUUUUAUCGAUAUCUCGAAAUCUAUGUUUUUCAUAUCCCGAGUUCAAUGAAGUUCUGAUCAUAGUUUUUGCAAGACUGAACAUUUUUUUUCUAACAUUUUAACCAGAUGAAUUUAACUGGAGCGCAGGGUAUGGGUAAAAACUAUGGCGAUAAAGUCCCUUAAUGAAAUUUUACCUAACAGGCUCAAUUUUUUUUAAAACCUUUAAACCAUUUUCUUAGUAAAUUUUUUUUUUUAAUUUUUAAGUAAAUCUAAGUAAUUUAUGAAAGGUCUGUUAAUUCUACCAUGUUUCUGAAAUGUUUUUCCCGGACGUUUAGACUAAAUUAAUAACAAAAUAAUGAUUUUGGAUCAUUAAGAUCCCGAUUAAACAUUUAUCGAUACGUUUCAGAAACAUUUCGUAUUGACUGCGUUUAAAUCGUGAAAAUUAAGGAUGCAUGCCAGUAACAUAGAUGUCAAAAAUCUUUUCCAAAAUUAUUUGAACGGAGGAUCAAGUUUAAAAUUUAUUUUCAUUUUCAUAAAACGACUCUGUUAAGAUUUAGCGAACGUAAUUUAAGAAUACUCCCAAAAUGGUCCAUAUGGACUCACAGAGAUUGAUUUAGACCUACUAGAAAUUUAGUAAAUUUUGGAUAAUUCAGAAUUAGAAAUUACUAAGAGGAAUAAAUUUUGAGAUUCUCUGUUUUGGAACUAUUGGUUUGCAUAAUCUAACGACUUCUGAUUUUUUUUAAUGAACCAAUUUGCAAAUAAUAAUUGGAUAUCCAAAUUGAAAUAAUGAAGCAUUGAUGCAAAUUUUUUGGAAAAAUCAUUAAAUUACAAUACGGAUCCAGUUAGACUUUUAGAUAAAACCUAGACUGUCAAUUUGCACAUGGUAUACAUUCUUAACUUAUUAUUUUUCUUACGCUUAUUUAAGAUAGAUACCGAUAGUCUGUUCUUUUUAGCUGCAUCAUUCAGUAACAGAGUGGCAAACGAACUAGAAAUGCCCUUGAAGAAAAGGGGUAAUUUAAGUUUGAGUAAGCUGCAAUAAUGUGACAACUUGCACAUUUCUUCACUACACGAUAUCCGUGCAUUGCUCUUUAUGUAAAUUCUUGUAGAAAAACAGAAUUCUUGAGAUGUGGGAAAUUUUCCACGUAAGGACAACAUUCAAAGUUAUCCAAAACUUCGUAACUUUUGGCGUAUACUUCAUAUUUUGGCCUAUACUUCAGUUAGUGAGAAAGUUGUAAAUGCUUUAACCUUCACAGCUUAUCCUACUUCUCAAGAAACAUAAAAGUCUUAAAAAUUAAUGUCAGUUUUCAAGUUUCAAAACUGAUUAUGUUUACUGUCGAUAUCUUGUGGCAAGCAAAUUAGAAAUGGCAAAGGAACUAAUAUUUUGGAUAAAGGAGAAAAAUUUAUACAAUCAUUUUGAUUACCACCUUGUCAAAUUUUAGACAGCAGUUAAAAAGAACAGAUCUCAAGCCAAU